AUGUGUCUGCCACAGAUAAUUUAUAAAUUUCAGCUGGGAGAUGCAGCAGGAUACGUAAAAGAUAAGGUGGUUGAUGGUAAAGACAUGGCUGCCGAAAAAGUCGGGGAUGCUGCGGGUUACGUGCACGAGAAGGUCCGAGACGCUAAGGACUACGCCGGCGAGAAAAUCAAGCAAACCGGUGAAGCCGUGAAGAGGACCGAGUUGUAA